CCCGUGCCCACGCCCGCGCUUCCGCCAAACGCCCCCUACCCCCACCAUGGACACGGCUCCCUACAACGGCUUCCUCAACACCCCCCUCCAGCAGGAUGACCCCGAGGUCUUUGCCAUCAUCAAGGACGAGGAGCGUCGCCAGUUUUCCGGUCUCGAGCUCAUCGCCUCCGAGAACUUCACCUCGCAGGCCGUGAUCGAGGCCCUGGGCAGCUGCCUCACCAACAAGUACUCCGAGGGCCUCCCCGGCGCCCGGUACUAUGGCGGCACGGAGAAUGUCGACAAGCUUGAGCGUCUGGCCCAGGCCCGCGCCCUGCGCGCCUUCAACCUCUCCCCCGAGCAGUGGGCCUGCAAUGUGCAGCCCUACUCCGGCUCUUCGGCCAACAUGGCCGUCUACUAUGGCAUCCUGGCCCCCGGGGACCGCCUCAUGGGCCUGGACCUGCCGAGCGGCGGGCACCUCACCCACGGCUUCCAGACGCCCACGCGCAAGGUCAGCGCCACCUCGGCCUUCUUCUCGUCGGUCCCCUACCGGGUGGACCCGGCCACCGGGCUGAUUGACUACGAUCACCUGGAGACCGUGGCCCUGUCCUUCCGGCCGAAGCUGCUCAUCUGCGGCGCGUCGGCCUACCCGCGGGACUUCGACUACCCGCGGCUGCGCGCCAUCGCCGACUCCGUCGGGGCCCUGCUCCUGUGCGACAUGGCGCACAUCAGCGGCCUGGUGUCGGCGCGCAUCCUGGCCGACCCCUUCCAGUGGUGCGAUGUGGUCACCACCACCACGCACAAGACCCUCCGCGGGCCGCGCGCCGGCAUCAUCUUCUUCCGUCGGGAUCGCCACAACCUGGAGCAGCGCAUCAACCAGGCGGUCUUCCCUGGCCUGCAGGGCGGCCCGCAUAACCACACCAUCGCCGCCACGGCCGUGGCCCUCGGCCACCUGGCCCGCCCGGAGUUCGCGCAGUAUGCCCAGGCUGUGGUCACCAAUGCCCAGGCGCUGGCCCGGUGCCUGGCCGAUGCCGGACACACCAUCGUCACCGGCGGCACGGACAACCACAUCGUUCUGUGGGACCUGCGCCCGGUCGGCCUGACUGGCAGCAAGUAUGAGCGCCUGUGCGACGAGAUCCACAUCUCCGUCAACAAGAAUGCCAUCCAUGGCGACAAGUCGGCCCUGUCCCCGGGCGGCGUGCGCCUCGGCACGCCAGCCCUCACGUCGCGCUCCUUCGGCCCGGAGCACAUGGUCCAGGUCGCCGGCCUGCUGGAUCGGGCCUUGGCUCUGGCGCUGGCCAUCCAGACGGCCGUGGCCCCGGCCACCCGGCUGGCCGACUUUGGCGCCUACAUCGACGCCCUGAAGGCCGAGCCGGCCGCCGCGGAGAAUGGGACCGAGGCCGAUGCCGAGGCCGCCUCCCGGCAGGCUGCCCUGCGUGCGGAUUUUUUGGCUCUGCGCGCGGCCGUUCACGACCUGAGCGUGCAGUUCCCGAUGCCCGGCUUCGCCACCGAGGACCUGUGAUGCGGUCUCGGCUGCCGUCUCGCUGUGCGGGGAAAACAUGCCCCUCCCGGCAUUUCAAUGGACAGAGCGUGCUCUUCUGCCUUCUCCCUUUUCCUCCCACGCACACGCACGCACACACACA